UGGGGAAUACCCGAGCAACCUCCAUAUCUUCACGAGUGAUUCGUACUUGUGAUUUAUUAACAUAAGUUUGUUAUUUGAUGUCUCCUUUUUCGAGCGCACUAUUUACAUGGAAAAGAAAUGUGUUUCAUUUUGCACUCAGUGAAGCAUUGAUGCAAAGAUCGAAGGUAUCCUCUUAAUUCAAGUACGUGCGAGAAUACUUCAUCAUGGAGGACUCAGGUACUUGCUACAAAGACCAAAGUACUUUCCUGAAUGCUAUAUGUGGUGAUUUUUUGAACAAUAUUAUUCCUGAGCAAGGACUUUUGGAUGAAUUCUUUGAAGUUGGAGCCAUUAGCUCUGAAGAAGAGCAAACUGUCAAGGCUGAACCUACACGCAGAGGCAAAGCACGGAAAUUGUGGAUUGCUCUGCAACGUGUUCCACCCAGAUUGUUUGGGGAGAAGUGUGUCCCAAUCCUGGAAUGUAAGUAUCCACAUGUGAUUCUUAAGAGACAAUUUGAUUGGAAAGACCAAAGCAAAUCUGAAUCCAUGUGUUUGCGACAUGUUAUUGAGAAGAGGAUGACACCGAGGCGAUUUGCCGACAUUCUUCCUGAGUCAGACUGCUCCACAGCUGCUGAGUAUGAGAAUGUCAUCGGCACACAGGGUCCUGUGGCAUGGAAAAAGCUUUUCAACAUAAUCAAGCAAAACUGCCAUAGUAAAAAGCUUAAGGAGUCAUUACUUAAAAUGUUUCAUACCCAUAAUAUGCAAUUACCCAAGAACUUUGAUCUCCUCCUUGCAUGUGGGUUUCCUUGCACUUGUGACAAAGGGCAUCAAAAAGAAUCCUUUUCUUCACAAAAGGUAUUAGUGCCAAGGUUUGAGGUUGAAACAUCAUCAGAGACAAGCUACCCUUCCAGCAGCUUAUCAGAUCCUGACAUCGAUAUGUCCUCUGUAUCAUCAGAAGGUGCAGACAGUUCUACUUUUCAACCUAUGGCUGAUACAGAGAAAUCUAAGAAACUGGGAUUUUUUGAAAGUCAAGCUCAUAAAGAUGAAUACCAUUCACGCUUGGACAAGAUAAACAAGGCAAUAAAAGAUGCUUCCUCCAUUAAGCCUAUCUACAGAGAUUUAGAAUGCAUUCAGGCAGACAUAAUUUCCUUUGCAGUCAGUGCAAAAAAUGAGCCAGUAAGGAAAUCACGCAAGGGAAAUAUCAGAGACUGCGUACAAAAGCAAAAAUUUCGUAUCGUGAAAUGAAACGAUUAUAUACUGCAGUUAAGCAGACAUGGAAAUCAGUUUCUGAUGAUAAGAAUAGUUUUUCUUUUUGUGUGCCUCCAUUUCGAAAUAUAGAGUUUUUGAAUAGAAAACAGAUCUUGCAUAAUGAAAAGCUAGAAGCUCUUUAUUUUUUUAAAAGCUCAGAAAGAAUUAUAAAUGAAAUCAAGGUUUAUGGUAAACAGCAGAUAUAGAACAUGCUGUACAUACAUGACACAUGCAAAACAGUGUCAUGAGUCAUGAAUUUGAUGUAGUCAGUGUAUGUUCUUUUUGUAUACUGUGCUAAUGCUUUUUGUAAAGUUAUGUUCUCAUAUAUGUUACUGUUGGCAGAUAAAACAUUUUCCAGAAAAGGAUUAAUAAAGAUAUUUUGUAUUUGUAUUUUGAAACAAUGUCUAAAUAUGUAUAUAGUUCUUUAUGCAAUUUGUCCCCUUAAUAUGCUUUCUUGAAAUAGUCUGUAUUUUUAUAAAGUUUUUGCAUUUGUGGUAAGAGAUCAUUACAUGCAACCCAUUACUCUCUAGAUCUAUGCAUUUUUCAACAGCAUACACCUAUUUUUAAUGUAUCUUUACUUAUAAAAGUAAAAGCAUGCUCAGUACCACAACCAGAGAAGACAGAUACCAGCAAUGUAGCUUAUUCCAAAAAUGUCCAUGCAGCCAAGCUGAGCUCUGCAUAAAGCGAUGCACAAAAAAUAUCUCAGCACAGUCUUGUCGGGUUAAUAAUAAAUCAUUUCUUGUAGCCUUCAGUUGGUUAGAUAGACCAUGAAUCAGAUUUAAAGGAAUAUUGAUAAGAAGCUUCCUAUUUAUAUUUGAUAUAAAUUUAUAAUAUUUUAGUACUUGAGUAAGUCUUAUGACAGUGUAUUUUUUCAGUAUAUGUAUUUGAUUUAGGUAGGCUUUUGUAUUCACAUAUAAUAAACAGCAUAAAUAUAUUUAUAUAUAUAAUGAUUAAUAAUACAAUAUCCAGAAUAAAAAUCUAUUUAUUAUGCAUUUUGGAGCUUAAAAUAUAUGUUUCAAUUUAUACUUAAUAAAAUCUUUAUGUACAUAUUCUUUCUGUACAAAAUUCCUCAUUUUUGGAAUCAUCAGCUCCGUCUAUAGGAAAGUUGUGAAAUUAGAUGUGAAAAAUUGCUGACAUUUGACAGCUUCUUGUUGUUUUGGUAACAAGCACAACAAAUGGGGAAAGUUCCAAAAGUCAAGAGACCAAGAAAAGCACAUAUACUUUGGGGGAGAAAAUUGAAAUAAUCGAGACAUUCAGACAGAUGAUAGAAAAUCAGACAUAUAAACCUUCCCUUACAAUCUGUGCUGUAAACAUGGUUCAUUAACAAAUCCAAAAACACAACCACGCUUCAGUACAUGCCAACUAUGUUGUUAAAGGAAGGAAUGGGAUCUUCCUGAAUGACCUAAACUUUUUUAUCUAUUAAUUAGACAGGAGUUACUGUUUAUCUUGUUACUCUGAGAUUUCUUAUUGAUAGAUCCAUAGGUGUUAUCAAGUGUGCAAAAAUUAUUGUGGGAAAGUGAAUAGGGUGAUACCUGCACACAGUAGAAAUUAUUCCCACAUGGAAUAUGAGUCCUUUAAUUGGAAUAUUCACUAUUGGAAUGAGGUACAUUCUGAUACCUAGGUUAAUAUGUAUCAAAUGAACGUCAAGGUGACUGGUUUACCACUAAAAAUCAUGGACCUGCAAAUUAUUUGCUUGGGAGCUUUAAAUGUAAAGGUGUGCACAAGCUGAUUUAAAAAGGAUAUGAGUGGAGUCCUCAUUUGGAUUGGAUGUCAUAGAACAUAAGAUUUGCUGUACAGGGUGGCAGGUAAAAAAUAAAUGCUAUGUGAUAUGCAAUGAAAGUAUUACAAGAAAGGUUAGAGUGAUUGCAAGUGUCUUUACAAUGCUUAAAUCAUUUUUUU